AGAGUCUGGCAGACACAUGGCCAGUGAAUGAGAAGACCUUGCCCCUCAGUACACUGUGUCUUUCACUGGCUAGCUUACUUCAGAGGACCAGGGCAGACUGUGUGUGUGUGUUUGUGUGUGCGUGACUGUUAACUUGCUCAUCUUCCACCCAACACACACAAACACACUUGGGAUUACCAAUCUCACGGUUAUUGAGAAUUCUGCCUUUGUUUUUCCAGGAUGGCUGAAGCUGAACUUCAUAAGGAAAGGCUCCAAGCCCUGGCGGAAAAGCGGAAAAGACAAGCCGAGAUAGAGGACAAAAGAAGACAGCUCGAUGAACUUGUUCUACAACUUCAACAUUUCAAGUCUAAAGCCAUGAGGGAGAGAUGGCUUCUGCAGGGGACACCAGGAGUGCCACAAGAGGGAGAUGAAGGUCUGAGGAAACAGGUCGAGCAAGAUGAACUUCACGUCAAGACACUAGAAGAUACCAUUCACAGAUUGGAAUCAGAAAUCUGUCUUUUGGAGAAUGAAGAAUCACAGAUUUCAGCUAAAGAGCGAGUUCUCAGAGAGCGACUGCGGGAAACAGAGAGAUCUAUUGAAGAUCUACAGAAGAGUCUUCAAAAGCAAGAUGGAGAUGCGGUGAAUUACAACUGUUCCCAGAACCUCCCAGAGCUGAACUCCCAGUCUCCCGUCACAGCUUCAGGGGAUCAACAACUGCCAAGAAAAUCUGCAUUAUACGCCAUGGAGAUCAAUGUCGAGAAGGACCGGAAAACAGGUGCCACCAAGAUCCUCUCGGCCUCAGCAGUCAGCCCACAGGACGCUCACCAGAGGGGCGUCAAAGUCUACGACGACGGUCGCAAAGUGAUCUAUGAAGUGCGUUCUGGGGGAUCUACAACACUGGAGAACGGCACGCACCCCUGGAGUCCUGGCGAGGUGAACGAGCUCAUGCAGCAAGUCGGCAAGACCAAACCACAAAGUGACAGCGCAGUGGUCACUGUCACACCGGCUGAGCCCCAACCAAUGGGAGGACAGUUGAGCUCCAUGGAGGCCAAGCAAGAUCAAAAACAAUCUGCUCAGAAAGGCUACGAAGUUGAGGUCAUGGAGACUCCUCAAGCCUCAGCCGAUAAACCAGUGACCAUGAUCUUCAUGGGCUACCACAGUGUAGAGGACGAGGAGGAAUCCAAGAAGCUGCUUGGCUUCGAUGGCACCAUCAAAGCCGAGAUCGUCCUCAUCGACGAGGACGAUGAGAAAUCUCUUCGGGAGAAGACCGUCACUGAUAUCUCCAACAUCGACGGCAACGCAGCAGACCUCGUGUCGGGCCGGCCUCUGUCAGAGACCAGCGAACUGUCUUCAGAAGGCAAAGAUGAAAGCUCGACCAAGGAACUGCCACCCACAGGCAGUGAGAAGGCACGUUCAGUGCUGCUGACACCAGAGAACGGACUGUAUCCUACAGCCACAGCACGACCUGCUCACCCUCUGAAGCCCCCUGUACACUCAGAGGAUGACAGUGAGCUGAAAAGAGAGAGAAGCCUGAAGACUGUGAGCUUUUUCGAUUCUGUAAGUGUGAUAUCUAGUGGUGAGAGCAGUAUGGAGCUUGAAGAUCAGGCCGAGACCCAGCAAAGUUAUGUGAGCAGUGGGCAGAACAUAGUGAGACAUGGAGGAGAAGGGAUGGACAGUGAAGUUGCCAAGGAAAUACUUUACCUUGAUCAGGUCCUUGAGGAAAACUGUUGUGAUCCCAGGGCAGAAAUUACUUCAAAUGGGACAAGUUCCCCUGAUAUUAAGUCAAACGGUCAUGCAAUGGACAGUGCAAGGUCACCUGAAUCACCUAGGACAGCAAUCAAGAAAGAGGCACGUUUUGAGCUCCGACCAUUUCUUGAAGAGAAGAAACCAUCAAAGCUAUUUGACACCACAGCUGAAAAAGAAGUUCAGGUGAAGAAAGUAAGACCCUCGGAGGAGAUUGCAGAGCUAGAGAAGGAAAGGCUGGAACUCAUCCGGGGUCAAGCUGUCAAGAAAAAUCCUGGAAUUGCAGCAAAAUGGUGGAACCCACCUCAGGAUAAGACACUGGAAGAGGAGCUGGAGCCGGACCAACUGGAGUCGCUUCGAAGAUAUGAGGAGAGGAAGCAGAUGAAAACAGAAGCCAACCGCAUACCACAGGCUGCACCCAGACAGACAACUUCCUUUAUCCAACCUGAAAUAGGAAAUAGGGAGGAUGUUGUCAUGGAAGAGAUUGACUUUUCUGCAGCACGCAAGCAAUUUCUGCAGAUGGAACAUAGCAAGCAGCCCACAGCUCCCAAGAGGAACGUGGCACCACAGCUUUACUCUGCCAAACCUUUCUUCAGGACUCCAGAGGUCACACAUGUAGAGAGGCCAUGCGGUUCUGUCACAGUUGCCAAUCAAGAAGGGGUCACAUCACACGAUGGAAGUGAAGUUACUACAGUCAAAGCUGAAAAGAUUUACUGCUGCUCUGGAGAAUCUGCCACACCACCCAAAGAUGGUUUGGCUCAGAACGAAUUGAAAUAUGAUGAAUUUACUUGUGCCCGGGCAGUGAUGACUAUUGUGAAGGAAGAGGACUCUGAUUUGUGUCAACACUCUUUAAACAGCUCCUACCAUACGGAAGAAAUCGACUCUGGGUUAGAUGACCUAUCGCUCCGGUCUCAGGACACAACUGUACUUGAGACGCUCUCCAAUGACUUCAGUAUGGACUACAUAAGUGACAGUGGUGCAUCAAAUGAGACCAUGAGUGCCUAUUUGGAAAACUCUCUUGGGGAAUACUCUUUUCCUUCAACACCAGUGUCCACUACACCAAUCAAUGGAAAGUAUGAAAGUGGGAUCAAAUCUCCAAGUGAACAGAGUGGGUCUUAUCAGGCAUAUGGCUUGACAGAAGAGGAGCUGGAAUACCAUGCUGGGAUUCUUGUCCAAAACGCUAUCCAGCAAGCCAUUGCUCAGCAGAAUGACGAAUGGGAGCCUCUUCAGGCCACACAACAUUCGUCCCCCAUUCUCGAGAGACAUGUGGAAAUUACUGAACCACAAUCCCAACCCCUGGUGGAAAGAUCUGCCGUCACGCCACCUCCCAAAGUGCCAUCCCCCCUAGAGGAGAAGAAAGCAAUUGCUCCUCGGAUAACUGUAGUUCAAGCUGCCCCAGUUAUCCCAGUGAACACUUACAAACCUCCCAGUCCUUCUCCUCCACCAAGUGAGAAACCAGAAUUCAGCUAUUUCAGUAAGUACUCUGAAGCAGCAGAGCUCAGGAGCACCGCAGCUGUCACUCGUGCUCAGGAAACGGAGGUCACCUCAGGACCGUUCAAGCUGCGCUCACGCAAACAGAGAACCCUGUCCAUGAUCGAAGAGGAGAUUCGGGCGGCCCAAGAGCGCGAGGAAGAGUUGAAGAGACAACGACAGGCACAAACAUUGCACCUGCCCCGUACACAGAAGCUGAAGACCAGCACCCAGCCAAACAAGCUGGUCCUUGCGGGGAAGACAGCACCAGGUAAGAUAGAGAAGGUUCGUCCAGUUCCUCCAGCAUCGCCGUGCUCUUCAGAUGGAGCUCUGCCCUCGACGCUGUCUGAUCUGGGCAGUGAUGAUUCUGGAGGACAGCGACCCAAGAACUUCAUGCAGACUUUGAUGGAGGACUUCGAGACACACAAGGUCAAGCGCCGAGAGAUAUCUGAGGACAACAGUGUUCUGGAGGCAACACGUGUCACUCGCAGAAAAAGUAACAUGGCCCUCCGGUGGGAGGCGGGAAUCUACACCAACCAGGAAGAGGCGGAGGAAGAGGAAGAGGAAGAGUAAACCAAACUUUCUCUGUACAAGAAGGAGAAAGGGAGGGGAAAUAUGCAGCAGGACAAACACAAGUAUUUAUUGGGAAUCCAAACCCCAGCCGCAAUUCACACCUCUCUGAAGAUUUGUUUCUGGAGCCUAUGGAAAAAAAUAAAAAAAAAACCUUCUCUUGACACUGAAAAACUAGAGAUAUUAUACCGCUUCUCAUUUUCACUACCAACUUAUUGCUUUUUCUUUUGUGCUGAUACGUUUUGAGAAAGUGGAAUAUGCAAAGAUGAGCAUUUGGGAUUUUUGGCAUUAAUAAGUGUGAAGAUAAUACUGUAUUUGGACUUCACAUACAUAGAGUUAUCAUUGUGUGGCUAAGGACUUUGUUAAAAGAAUGGUAAAUAUGGGAUGAUAUUCUAUUAUUAGUAGAAGGAGCUUGGAUAUAGAUGAUAGCAUGAUGACGUCUGAUUUCUAGUUAGAUUCUUGACAUUUGGACUUUGAAAUGUUAAUCAGGAUUGGUGCCAUGUCUAUGAGUUCAGCUAUGAGCCAAUUUAGAAAGAAGAACUACACAAAUAUGUCUUUCAGUGUCCGAAAGGGCAAAAUACUGUUAUUUGUUUUCCUGUGAAUCACAUCGUCACAUGUUCAGCCUGUAAGGAUAACCACUCGUUUUCCCAGUUUUGCCAUACAGUUAGUUCAUAGAGAAGCUUUAAUGAGGAGGACAAAUGAAAGAAACAUUCACACCACUGAAAGAUGUUGUGAGGUUCGUAAAGGCAGACAGACUGAUAAUACAAUAAAUCCACAUAGAAGAGGAAGAAGCAUGGUUUGUGUAGGCAGCAGCUGCUUUCUCCUCUAAUAAAAGAUGAGAAGUGUGUGUGAAAUAUAAGUUGAUGCACAUGUGUUUGGAUUGAAGUUUAAUGUAAUGCAGAACAUUUAAUGGCUGAUGUAGAUUAUUUGGGAAUGUUUGUGUUAUGUGUAGGAGAGGAAAAAUGAAGGAAAGGACAAAGUAUUCACUGAAUUGCAUGAUUUUUGCAUUAAUAUUAAUUUAAGAGCGUGAACAUUUCUCUUUCCAUUUCUCUUUUUUUAGCCUUUACAAACAGAAAGUGUUAAUGCAAUGCCAUUAUUUAACAUGGUUUCAAACGCUUUAUUGAUACAUAUGUACACAUGAAUGUCUGAAAUGUUGGAAAUUUGUAUUCUUCGUUCACAUUUUUACAAAUUUGGCAAUAUAAAACAACAAUCUAUUCAGGACACUGACAUCAGUGAAUGACGUGCUGCGUAAAAGAGAAAAAGUGAACAAAUAAAUGGACAGAUCUUCUUCUAUAUUUAAUCUUUGACUUCUAAUCUUGCCUUUGGUCUUCGGUAGCAUUUUUCAAGCCACAGACGAAGACAAUCUUUCAACAAUGUGGCUUUGUUGUUGUUGUUUUUUUUUGUACCCUCCACAUAUAAUAUAUAUAUAUUAUACAAAAGUAUUUAAGGGACCGCUGUCCUUUUAUGUGUAUACAUGAAGUGUUUGUAGUGUCUGGAUUAGAGUGGCAUAUAUUGCAUAGGUUCUUAAACUG